UGAUUUCCAUUUUGACAAUCUUGAAGGCACAGUGUAAGUUCGAAGUUUUGUUAUUGGUGAUACAAAAUACGAGAUAAUGCCUUUAGCUGUUGUAAAUACAAAUGUAUCACAAGGCGCAAUACCGAAGGAUUUUAUGGAAAAAUUUCUCAAUUUUAUCGUCAGAGUACUUGGUUGUGAACAAAAAUUUACAAUGAUAGAAGUUCAUCCUAAUUGUUUAAUGAUGAGAGCUGGUUCUGCAUCGCCUAUGGUGAACGUUAUGUUUCAUCACAAUGAUGAUCAUAUCACUGAAGAUACGAAAAGGGAAACCGCCGCAAGAUUUGCACAAUUUAUUACAUCCGAAUUAAGAGUACCCAUUGAUAGGAUUCUCGUGUUGUUCAUAGACACUCGCUGCACAACUCGUCAGCAGACCUACUUGUAG